CGGCGCACUCUCUCACGAGGCCGUCAAGUCACAGAGUAAGACAACUCCAUAGACCGCAAUGGUACUGCCAGCGCAGACUAAAUCCUCAAUUGCAGGCUCUGUGGUCUUCAACACUCUGAGGAACUUCAAGCCCUACGUAGACGCCAAACGGGUCAGCGUGUUCCUGUCAAUGCCCACGGGCGAGAUCCAGACCGAUGGCAUCGUCAGGCACGCUCUAGAGUCCGGCAAGGAGGUUUUCAUCCCGUAUCUUCACAAGAACCCUCUGGCCUCGCCCAACCUCCCAGCCCGCGUCAUGGACAUGGUUCGCCUCAGAGACCUUCACGACUAUGAGUCCCUCAAGCCAGACAGAUGGGGCAUUCCCAGCAUCGACCCGGCCACGGUCCAUGAGCGGCAGAGGGUGUUUGGAGGUCCCGACGCCCACCACUCCGACCAAACCCUGCUUGACUUGAUCCUCAUGCCCGGCGUGGCCUUCGACAUUGACCCGGAAGCUGGGGCCAUUAGACGACUCGGACACGGCAAAGGCUUCUACGACUACUUCAUCAACCGGCACAACCAAAAGUCUGUCGAGCUGGGGAAGCAGGAAACCCCUGUAUUGCUGUUGGUCGCCACGAUCAACCUCUGGACGGCCUGAUACUCGGAAAUGGCGAGAUUAAGAGCCCUCCUGCACCCAAAUAGUUCCAUGACCUGAUAUCCAUCCCGUACUGCCUUCCUUUGAUCAAAUACAUAUAGUCGACAUUCCUGUGCGCCUCGGCCAAUCGCUUUUCCCUGGUAUCUCUUUUCGUAGAUUCGGUGUCGUUUGUUGUGUAGAAGGCCGCGCACCACAUCUUUGUGGGCCGUCUAUGUACAGCUUUAGAUCUGCUGGCUCGUCGCUCGAUGUAGGUCCCAGCGUAAAUUGCAUCAUCGAUUACCGCUUCUCGUUCAGGUUUUGAGCUCUUCACCCGGAGUAGCUCUGGAUGAGCGAGACAUUGUCGCCCUU